AUGGCCAAUUCUCAAGUCUCUGGUACGAACAAUGCAGAGCUGCCCCGGCAGUUCUCGCUUUUCUCGACCAUGGCCUUGGGGUUUAGUAUAACAAACUCCUGGCUUGCUUACGCUGGUACUUUUGCGACCCCUCUCACCAUGGGCGGGAGCCCAACGGCAUUCUUCGGUUUGAUCGUCGCUUCGAUUGCUAGCUGCUUCAUCACUGCUGGGUUUGCCGAGCUGGCAUCGGCGUUUCCGUCUAGCGGAGGGCCAUAUCACUAUGCAUUCAUGGUGUCGUGGGAGAAACACCGUGCCCCGGUUGCUUUUGUGGUCGGAUGGCUGAGUGUGAUUGCCUGGUGUGCCGGGUCAGCCUCCAAUAAUUUGUCGAUAGCUCAAAUGGCCGUCAGGCUUGUGACCGUUUACCACCGAGGUUACACUGAAGCGGCAUGGCACACGUACCUAAUCUAUCUGGGUAUCACUGUUUUUGCCACGACAGUCGUGUGCUUCUUACCUCGAGCAAUUCCUCGAUUGGAGAUUGCCCUCUUCCUCUGCAGCGUGUUUGGCUUCAUUGCCAGCCUGGUCACUAUGCUGGCGGUGCAAGCCCACAAACAGUCGGCACAUACUGUAUUCGUUCAAUAUGAAAACAACACUGGCUGGAGUGACGGGACGGCGUUCAUGAUCGGUACUGCCACGUGCAUGUAUGCAUAUCUGGCCAUCGACGGUGCUACCCAUAUAGCGGAGGAGGUUACAGACCCAAGCCGCAAUGUCCCUCAAGCGGUGGGACUGACAGUGAUAACCGGAAUUCUGACCGCCAUCCCAUGGACGAUAUCCCUCCUCUUCUGUACAACCGACAACCACGCGGUCGCAUCGUCCCCCAUCCCAAUCUACACCGCGUACCUACAAGCCACAUCCAGCCGACCCACAGCGGCCUUCUUCACAGUCUGGAUCAUGUUCCUUUUCGCUGGGGCCUACCUUUCCGGUCUGGUCACAGUCGGGCGACUGACAUAUGCCUUCGCCCGAGCUGAUGGCCUCCCAUACUCUCCAGCCUUUACCAAAAUCACCAACGGUGUGCCCAUCGAAGCCACGAUUGCGUGUUCCACGUUUAUCGCCCUGUACGGGCUGAUAUAUAUCGCAUCCACAACAGCAUUCAACAGCUUCAUCUCGAUGUGCAUUAUCUCGCUCAAUGUCACGUACGUGAUCCCGCAAGGGAUUGUGCUGAUCCGCGGCCGAGAAAGCGUUCUUCCCCAUCGGGCCUUUGCCAUGGGAAAGUGUCUGGGAGGAUUCUGCAACGCGUUUUCUGUGCUCUGGGUUUCUAUGAUCACAGUGCUGUUUUGCUUACCGCUCACAAUUCCAACAACAGUCCAAGAUAUGAACUAUGUCAGUGUGGUUAUCGCAGCGGCUGUGGCUUUCAUAGUAGCUGCGUGGUGGGGAGGGAAAAGGCAGACGUUCUGCGGACCGGUAUGUCUCUCUCCCUGUGUUCCUGUACAUGGCUCGGGGUGA